GCAUCAACGUCGCUGCUCUGUGAACAAUGGUUGCAAUCGAACAUCGUCAAAAGUCAUCGACAGCAGCAACAGCAACAGCCACAGCGACAUCAGCAACAACAAUCAACAUAGCCGUACUAUCGCCAACAUCGUCCGCCUCAUCAGCAUCGGCUGCUUCGAAUACCACUACGACGACCACUUCGAGCAUUCAACAACAGCAGCAGCAACAACAACAGCAAGAGCAGCAGCAGCAAUCACAUAAAAGUCUCGAGGAGAAGAAGCAAUUGGUUGAAGAGGUAUUGAAAUCGAAUCCAAAAUCACCCAUACAAAAGCAGUUAAGCAAAACAGAUAAAAUGUCACAGCUGGAAUCACCCGCCGAUACAAAAAAUGCGGAGAAGCAACAGCAAAACAAGGAUGGCGGUGCAGUCGCGAAGAGCGCGGUUAGUCAGCGUAAUGUCGAUAUAAAAAUUUCCAAAAAAUCGAAUUUGGAUGCAGCCACUAAGGAGCUUACGAAAAAGGUACUCAAGCUGGAUUUGACGGGGAAGGAUUUGGAUGAGUUCUCCAUUAAAUCGCCCAAAUCGCCAAUAGCGCGUUUACCGCAUCAAACAUCGCUUACCUCCUCGGUCGAUGUGGAGGAUCGCAAAACGUUACGUGAGGCCUUAUACCAGGGUAUAUUUCAUCGACAUCGAAGAACCAUUUUCGCUGUGGGCAGCUUCUUGCGAAUGCUACGCAGCCGCAAUUCACAAUAUAAUACCAUACGUAGCUCGUCGGAGGGUGAGGAUGUGGAUGAAGUUAGAUAAGACGAUGUUUUGUAGAUGCGGCAAACCACAGAAACAAGUAUAUACAUGUAGAUAAACAUAUGUAUGUAUAUUUAAACGGAUAUACUUAUAUAGAAUAUAUAUAAAUACAUAUAUGCAAACAUACAAACACAAAAAGAAUAGGAAGCAAACAAAAAAUAAAAAUAAUUAUAUACAAAAAAAAAAUGUAUGUUAAGCGCAUAAACGUGAGCGAGCGAUAAAAAAAUAAAUAAAUUAUGUUAUACUAACAACAAAAAGUAUACACACAUACAAGCAAACAUAUAGUGGUGCAUAGUUAGCUAGAGUGGUUAGUAGAUUAUGUAGACACAGCUGCAUAAAUGCAUAAAAACAUACUUACAUGAAUGUUCAAAAUCAUAUGCGCCAAAAAACACAUAAAUACAUACAGACAUACAUAUAUUCAUACAUAUAUUCAUAUAUGGAUAUGAACUCACAGAAAGUCAUAGGAUCUUUAUGUCAUUGUUGUGUAGAAAUGUAUGCAGGUAAAUUAUAUACGCAGCCACAGCCAUAAAUUCAUACAUAGAAAACGAACCUAUACAUAUUUAUUGAAAGUUGUACGAAUGUAGUUAAAUAAAAUUGAAGAAAAUAUAUACAUAUAUACAUAAUUGUCAGAACUAAAGCAAACUGUAAAAAGAAUUUGAAAGUAAUUUGCGUUGGUAAUUCGCAAGUCUAAUGAUUUUUCGAUUUCUCAUAAAAAAAAAUUAAAAUAUAAAAAAAGAUACACUUUUCAUUUUUUAAGCCUUUCACUUAGUGAAAUUUAGCUUGUAGCUUAAUAUAGUCGUCAUAUACACGUACCACUUCAAUUCAUGUAAGCAUGCAAGUAUAUAAAAUUAUUUGAAAACUUGUACUUAGUACCUACUAAUAUAUGUUUUGCACAUUUCAGCCGACAUUUUUUUGGAAGUGACUUUUUCUAACUGUAAAUUGCUUGCUUGCCUACAUUGUGUAUGUACGUUAUGUAAAUUGGUAGUUUUUAGUUUUCUUACUACGCUGAAUCGAGCAAAAAAAAAGGUAAAUUUAAAAGUUUUUAAACUAUUUUUUAAAUACAAGUGCAUACUUUCAAAAAAUUUGUUAUAUGUAUGUACGAGUAGUGUUGUCAAACGAGUUUUAUUAUAUACAUACACACAUACAUACAUAGAUAAAUAAUAUUUUUCAAACCAUUUCGCUUAACACAUUCCGUAUAAGCCGAAUAACCUCGAAUUAGUUACUUACAUAGAUAAAGAAAUACAUAAAUAAAUAUAAAAAAUUAA